AUGUCUGAAAUGGGAUCCGGUCAAGAAAAUGGAUCGAACAUCGCUCUCCCUGACUUAGCCCCCAAUACUUCUUUAUCGCGAGACAUCUCAACAUCCAAUCCUGGAAUUCUCAGUGAUGAUCAACCCACACCUUCUGAUGGACUCAAUGCCACCUCCGAUCCUCCAACGGUACUUAGGCCAGGGCGUCAUGGUGUCACUGAGGUUCCACAACUUCCCAUCCACACCGUACGACGAAAGCUUAGAGGCAUUCACAUUUUCAUGAUCGCAAUCAAUGGCACGCUUGGAACAGGUCUAUAUAUUCGAAGUGGCCAGAUUCUUGAGCUUGGAGGACCAAUUGCAGUCGUCCUGUCAUUUAUUGCUCUUGGCAUCUUGGUCUGGGCGGUCAUGCAAUGUAUCGCUGAGCUUCUAUGUCUAUGGCCUGUACCAGGUGCAGUGCCUUUAUUUGUCAAGAAAUUUGUUGACAGGGAGCUUGGCGAUGCUGUGGGCAUCGCGUAUUGGUUUACUUACUCUAUCGGAUUUGCCGCCUUGAUCACCACCUCCGCUAGUGUCUUAAACUUCUGGACUGCCGAUAUGGAUGGCUUCACGGAAGGGUUCGUAUACGUCGCUCUACCAAUAACACUCGUGGCAAUCAAUUCAGUCAAGGUCGAGAUAUAUGGUUGGCUCGAAGUCAUUACUGGUAUUAUCAAGCUGAUUUUCUUGACUAUAAUCAUCGUUUGCCUCAUUUACAUUAUAACUCUGCCCGACAGAUCUGUGAGCAAGGUCUCAAGUUGGACUGAACCUUUUAAAAACGAUGAUAAUGCUGCCAGUGGUUGGUUCGAGGGCUUUAUGAUGUGUCUUUCAAUCGCUACUUUUGCCUAUGCUGGCGUUGAGAAUAUUGCUGUUUCUGUCAUAGAGGCUCGCUGGCCCUCAGUACCAGAGAGACCUCAAUCAUGCCAUGACUCGUCAGAGGGUCUAACUUCAGGAAACUCAUCGCCUCCUCAACAAGUAACAGGAAUAGCUGCAUCUCAUAAGGCGGUCAAAAAAACACUCGGGUUUACAGCUGUUUAUCUGCCAAUAUUUGUUGCUUUUGCUUACAUUAUUAGUGGACUCCUCGUCACUCUAAGUCUCAAGAGAGAUAAUUGCGGUCUUCAGAGACUUGCCUCAUUAAAGGACAAGGACUGCACAGAGCCAGACCCAAAGCAACGAGGAUUCACGUACUCGCCUUUUAUUAUCAUUGCCCAGGACUCGAAGAUUGACAACCUGGAUAAUGUUUUCAAUGCUUUUAUCGUUUUUACAGCGCUGACAUGUGCGAACACAAACUUGUAUGUCGCGUCAAGGACACUAUUCGGUAUUACGCGGAAUAUUCGUUCCAGGGAGUAUGUACCAAGACUUCUGUCCUGGUUUGGCGUCACGGACCGGAAUAGGGUGCCGUUGAGGGCGAUGACCAUAUCCGCUGUAGCCUUUUGCUGGGUCCCAUUUCUCCAACGAAAAGAGAGUUUCAAUACAGGGUCGACACUAGGAAAGUUUGUUGAGAUUUUAGUUCAGAUGGGGUCUGUCAGCGUUGUUAUUGUCUGGGCUUGUUUAUGUUUGGCAUAUAUCCGUUACUAUUACUGUAUUCAUACGUUUCGUGAUGCCUUGGCUACGGAAGGAAUACACCUGGCACGAGAUCGCCAACAGGAAUCCGAGGCCUAUCCGUAUCAAAGUUACUGGCAACCACUCCUAGCCGGCUUUGCCUUUACAGGCUGUUUAGUCAUUCUUCUGAUCUGCAAUGGAGUCUUCUUGUGGAAAGAGUUUCAUAUCAUCCCAUUCUGCUCUGGAUAUCUAACGGUAAUUGCAUUUCUAGUAAUCUGGAUCGGGCUGAAAGUCUAUAAAGGAGUUUGGUCGCCCUGGAACAGACUGAACGCGAACAUAGCCAUUGAUAUCAUCAGAGAUCUAAAUGAGCUACGUGACAAUUCACUACAGCAGCCUGCAGAUGGUCUCGAAUCUCGCUGGACUGCUUUCAAAAGGGGAUUAGGGCGGAGGGGGAAUGGCGCCAAUUGA